AUGGCGUCCCCGAGAGCCACUGUGGUCGUGCCUCUGUACAUCUGGCCAACUAGCUCAGCUUCUUGGGAACCACUCUACGAAUCCAUUUCCACUCAUCCCACAGUCGACUUCCUGGUAGUCGUAAACCCUGACAGUGGUCCUGGGGGUGAGCCAUUGCCAGGACACGACUACGAGCGCGAACUGCCCAAACUAAACGCUGCUGCAAACGUCUGUACUAUUGGAUAUGUACGAAUCGACUACUGUCGGAAGCCUUUGCAUGAGACGUGUGAGGAGAUUGAUCGAUUUGCUGGAUGGGCAAAGGACCGGGGUGACAAGCCGAAUCUUGCCAUGCAUGGGAUUUAUGUCGAUGAGACACCGAACCAUUAUUCUGCCGGCAGGGCACUUUAUCUCGAGGCCCUGCAUAAGCAUAUCAAAUCUCGCGAGGGGCUGCUUGGUCAACGAUUGGUGCGUCUCAUAUUUCACAAUCCUGGGACACCUCCUGACUCUGAACUUGCGAGCCCAGCCAUUGUGGACGUGAUUAUUACUUGUGAAGAGCCGUACCAACGCUAUAGUGGCGAACAGGUCCAAACUAGGCUUCGUGAGUACUUUGUCGACAGGACACGUUCCGGGUAUCAAAUUUCUGACGUAUCACGAAACGUGAUUCGCAAAGUAGUUGGAGAAUUGCGCCACAAAGGAGCAUAUAUCUUCGCCACUAGUUUGGUCGAAGACUUUUACGAGAGUUUCGGAGAAUGCUGGAGAGAAUUUGUGUCAGCUAUGGAUACUAUUGAAAACUGGUAA